AGCCAGCAUCGCACAAACUCUAACACGGGUCCGACACAGAGACGUGAUUAUCAGAAGCCAAGAAUUCAGAGGGGAAGGAAUCUGAUGAAGGAUGCGCGCUCCUGGUUGGACGAUCACACUCGUGCUGCUUUGCCUCUUUGGCUCAGCCACCUCAUCCCCUGUUGCCAGUCAUACAUCUGCUCCACCUAUUUCAUCUCAACUUACACCUCCAGCAACCCCCUCGUCUCUACUCUCCUCCACCACUCCCUCCACCGGCAUCCCCGAAGAGAUGCAAAAAAGUUCCUUCUGCCCUCUGAAGAUCUCGCCGUCCACUCUGGUGGUCAGGUUUGGGGAUCCAGUCGCCGUUAACUGUUCCAUUGAAAUGACAGGGUUUCCUAUGCUGGGAUGGGAGGUGAGAGGAUCAGUGCUUUUUAAUCAGAUCCAGCCAACUCCUGACUACAUUCCGAGUAAUUUCCUGGUCUGGAGGGUGGAACAGAUGACGGAAUGGACCAUCAAUCCUAUAUGUUUUGCAUUAGUUGAAGAAAAAGGACCGUGCAGCAUCAGUCUCCCUGUAAUAGUCUACGAGCCUCCAGAGAGCGUAACCAUCAGAUUAGUAAAUCACAGUGGGGCGAUGUUGGAGGGUCAUCACUACAUUCUGGAGUGUGAAGUCCAGAAUGUUGCACCCAUUGAAAACCUCACUGUGACCUUCUACAAAGGGCAAACAGCACUGAGUCAACUCCACUCCAACUCCCACAAAGUGAGGACACCAGUGACUGAAACCUUCACUCUGGACAUCACCGUUAGUAAAGAAGAUAAUGGAGCUCAGUUCUGGUGUGAAGCCAAGCUAGAACUGGGACCUGAAGGACCACAACCCCCUCCAGUAGUCAUGUCAAAAAAACUCAGCGCUAUAGUCCACUUUGGGCCACAGCUUGUUUGUUCAACAAAACUGCAGGUGAGAGAAGGAGAGAGCGUCAAAUGUGAGGUGGCAGGAAACCCUCCACCAUCGGUCACCUGGUUUAAGGAUGGUCUGAGAGUCACAAUGCCAACUCACUCAAGCAGAAAACACACUGGAAAAUACACCAUCUGUGCCGAAGGACUUAUUGCACAGAGAAACUUCACAGUAGAGGUGGAGGUCCUCGCUGCCAGUGGAACUACAAAUAGCUGGACUGGACAUAUCUUGGCGGUUACUCUGCUUACUCAGGUGAUUAACUGGGAGUAAAGGUAAAAGGAUGACCUGCUCCUACUGUGAAAAAUGUUUGUUAGGGUGGAUUCAUUGCUUUGUGUGACUUCUCGUGUUCAAACUAAUCAGUUUUGACUUUAAAUGAAUUGUUUGUUGUCAAUUUUUCAACACACACAAAAAUUCAGUCGUCACUAAAAGCAGAUGAUUUUCACCCCAGGUACAUGCUCUUGUUAUUUGUACUUUACAUCUUUCAGACUAGAAAUACUUUCCCAUUUUAGACUUGUACUUAACUCAUAGGGUCAUAGGCUUGUAAAUGCAACACUGGUUUUCUUCCUGUGAAGUGUCUGAAUCUUAAUGUGUCUUCGCUGUGUAUAUGCUCUGCCUUCUGUCUCCAUUGUCUUUUUUUUCUUGGAUGUUACAAUGCUGGAUUAUUACAUGUCCAACAUGUUUGCUGUUCCCUUUCAACAUAUUUUAUUUCAAAGGAAAUGUGUUUGUACAUAACUAAUAAUUGAUAUGAAAAGAAGAUUGCUGGUUUAUUAUUACAAUGAUCAACAGUUAAGAGUUGUUUCUAAUGAUCAGAGCUCACAAGGUUUAGGCUAUUUUAACUGUACAUAGCUUUCAAUAAAUG